GUUUAUCAAGGUUUUUAGGACAUAAAAGCAUGCCGUCUUUCUCCCCACCUCAGACUUAUUUGAGCGCCCCUCCGAGGGACCUAUCUUAUAUCACCUACAACUAAUGCGUUUAGCAUUGUUCGCCAUCGUAGCUGCUUGGACAGCAUCUAUAUCCGUCAGUGCAACACCAGCUGUUUUCACCACGACAUGCCGUCUUGUUGGCAAACUUUGCGAUGAAGACUCUGACUGCUGCUCUGAUGUGUGCGUGUAUAAAGCUGAUUGCAGUAGCAAAUUUUGCUAUGUUGACGAAGAAGCCCCGGAACAAUCCAAGAGGCUGGCACGUCGCCUCGAGGUUGAUUGCUGAGUUUAACCAGUGUUACUCUUGGACAAAACUUACUACCUCUUGAGAUACCCUGGAACCCAUAAAACAAGAGAUACACACACGUAUAUAUUUUGCACAUGCAAUCACUUCUUGAAAUACAUUUCGACCACGUACUACAUUUCUCUUAAUCCUUUCCAACUUCCCGUACUUUAUUGUCCCCCCUCAAUCUUUCCAACUAAGACUGAGCAUACUUACGUCUGCAUUCUAUGAAC